AAUGAAACCACGUGACGUGUGACUAUAUAGCCAACAUCUUCCUGAUCGCGCUCAAACGUUGGAUUCUUUGUUUUCUAAAUGGAUUGACAACUGAUAGGCAAUGCCGGCGUGUCAGUUUAAUACGAUUUUGUGUUGGCUGCUAUUUACGCUACCAAUAGUGUCAGCCACCAAUAUCCGCCUUGUGGGCGGAAAGACGCCGUACUCUGGUCGAGUGGAGGUGGAGCACAACGGAGUAUGGGGAACAGUUUGUGAUGAUGAGUUCACUGUCAACAGCGCCAAGGUCGUCUGCAGGAUGCUCGGAUUCACGGACAUGGGUUUAGCAGAAGUUGUCCCGCCAAGCGUGUUUGGCCCAGGAAGUGGAGUUAUCAUGCUAGAUAGCCUCAACUGCAUUGGUCACGAAGGAGACGUUGCAAACUGCUCGCAUGAUAGUUGGCAAAUUACUGAUUGUUCGCCCAAAGAAGACGUCGGGGUCAACUGCCAAACACACUUGCGAUUGACAUCCGGUAAUACCAUACACGACGGUCAGGUGGAGCUGAACAUUUCUGGAAGCUGGGAACCCAUGUGUGCCGAUAAUUUCACCAUAUCCGAGGCCCUGGUCGUCUGUGGAAUGAUGGGAUUUGGUUCAAAUGGAGCGCAACUUUCUUCACCUCGCAUCUUAAGCAAUCAGUUCUCACCGAUAUCCUACAGCUGUAAUGCUCGUGAAAAGGAUAUUUCCAUGUGUACUCGUUGGAAUGGUACAACAUGCUCUUCAUCGAGCGUGGCUUCAGUGAACUGUCGUACACCGAUUCGACUUGUGAACGGCACCAGUGCCCAGUCCGGUCGUGUUGAGGUGGAGUAUAGGGGGCAGUGGGGGACGAUAUGCGAUGACAACUUUGAUGACCUUGAAGCAAACGUCAUCUGUCGCAUGCUUGGAUACAGCAAAAAAGAUGCAAAAGCAUUGGGUGGUGCGUACUACGGCGAGGGCAGUGGAUCAGUAUCCAUUGAUGAAAUGCGUUGUACGGGAAGCGAAAGUGACAUCUCUGAAUGCAAAUCAAGCGACUGGCUCUCUCCAUCGAACUGUCUCCAUAAUGAAGAUGCCUCUGUGAAAUGCAGGUCAGAGGUUCGCCUACAGGAUGGUCCAAUGCCGUAUUCUGGUCGACUGGAAAUCUUGAAUGGAUCAUCAUGGGAAACUGUGUGCUCUGACUUAGUUGAUAACAAAACAGCAAUGGUUGUCUGUAAUAUGCUGGGAUUCGAGCAAGGAAAUAUAACGGUUUACAACGAUGGGCGUUUCCAUACUGGGAGAGAACGAAUGAAAUUGCACGGAUACAGGUGCACUGGAAACGAAACAGACAUUGCGGACUGCCAACACACUGACUAUGUGGAAUCGUGUAUCAAUGGAACCAGUGUCGGUUUCAAUUGUUAUUCCAGAACACAGAUACGACUAAAAGGUGGAAAAAAUGCUUUUAACGGUAGAGUGGAAAUAUAUAAACGGGAAAAUACAGCAAACGGUGCCUGGAGGGGAAUAUGCUACGCUGGGCAAACAACAAGGGAUGCGCAGGUGUUAUGCAGAAUGUUAGGGUUUAGAACAGAGUAUGCGUCCAUACACGAUGCCUCUGAACAUUACCAAUCGUAUGGCAGUUUUGAUGCCAUCAGUGGUCUGGGGUGCCGAGGCGACGAAGCAGACAUCACAGGAUGCACGCCGUCUCAUAAAUGGACGCUGGGCGCGUGCAGUAAUUCUGAUCAUGCUGCCAUCAAUUGCGGACCCGAAGUACGUCUUAUGGAUGGGCAAACAAAAUAUUCUGGGAGACUUGAAAUCUUGAAUGGAUCAACUUGGGAGACUGUUUGCUCUGAUUUAGUUGAUAAUAAAACGGCAAUGGUUGUCUGCAGGAUGCUCGGAUUCGAAGGAGGAAACAUAACCAUGUAUUACAAUGGGCGUUUCCAUAUCGGGACUGGAGGAAUUAAAUUACAUGGCUACGACUGCAUUGGGAACGAAACAGAUCUAGCUGACUGCCAGCAAACUAAAUAUGAAGAAACGUGUGUGAAUGGAACAAGUGUCGGUUUCAGUUGCUAUUCCAACACACAAAUACGACUUGUUGAUGGUACAACAGCAUAUAACGGGGGAGUUGAACUAUACAUUCCAGAAUCUACAACACAAGGUUACUGGAGAAGGAUUUGCUACGAUGGACACACACAACAGGAUGCUAUUGUCUUGUGCAAAAUGUUGGGACUCAAUGAAGAGCAUCCUACCCUACACAAUGCGUGGACACAGUUCGGUUCACAAGAUAGCUCAUAUGUCAUCAGUGGACAGGGUUGCCGUGGAGACGAAACAGACAUACUCGAAUGCACUCCGCCGACAAAUGGGAUAACUACUGUGUGCAGUUCAACUUAUAAUCUUGCAGUGAAUUGUGCCCCGAAUUCCACUGUUAGAAUCAGAGAUGGUUCUUCUAUCAAAUCUGGCAGGGUCGAGGUCUUAUAUAACGGAACAUGGCUCGGUAUUUGUCGUCAACGCACUUAUUACAGUGACAUUACAGCCACAACCGUAAAUCUUCUAUGUCUACAAUUAGGAUUUAAUCAGAGUGGGUAUUUGAUCACGUCAACGCCAUCUAAAAGUAUGACUGUAAUACCAAACCUUGAAUGCGGUGACGCUGCAACAGACGUUUCAAAUUGUAAAUCCGGGAAAUGGGGAACGGUGAGUUCAUGUACACCCGCCGCCAUUGCAUGCGACAGCACCGUACGCCUUAUGAAUGGUAGUAGCGAGCGCUCUGGAAGGGUUGAGGUACAUCACAAUGGACAAUGGGGAACCAUCUGUGCUGACGGAUUUGGACAAGCAGAAGCAAAUGUGGUAUGCAGAAAGGCUGGAAUUCGUCUUUGGAAUGCAUCAGUACUAGACGAUUCCCCCUUUGGGUUUGGUAAGCACGGAUACCUGCUUAACAAUGUUUCUUGCAAGUCGAACGAGCACGACCUUGGAGAAUGCAAGAGUUCCCCGUGGAAUGAUACAUCAUGCGAGGAUGAAAACGUUGCAACAGUUGACUGUCGAGUCCUUGAAACGCCGAUUCAACUGUCUGGAGGGAACACAAACUACGACGGUCGUGUUGACCUAUACUUUGAAAAUAAAUGGAGACCCAUUUGUUACGAUUAUUACAUGGGAAAGACCAGCCAAGACGUUCUCUGUCGGCUACUGGGAUAUAAUUUUUCACGCGAUGCCACCUAUACAAGCAACAGUUAUUAUCACAACGCCUUACUGAGAGACCUUCGUUGUGUUGGCAAUGAAUCUGACAUCUCGCUGUGCCCUUCAUCGGACUGGGGAUACACAAGCUGCAGCUCUGGACUCACAAUAAAUUGUUUGUCUCCAAUACGUCUUGAUGGCAGUUUAACGCAACAUAUGGGAUAUGUAAGUUUGACGAAGACCGGACGUAGUGGUUAUAUGUGUGCUGAUAAUUUAACUGCUGAGACCCAGGCUGUCAUGUGCAAAAUGUUGUUCAAUGUCACCAGGGAGUAUGUAGAGGUUGACCGACCAUACUUCAAGCCUGGAUUCGAAACACCGGUUGUAGUGGAUAAUGUCUGGUGCACGGGUAAUGAGGAAGAUUAUCAGAUGUGUCCAUCAUCUGACUGGGGCUAUUAUUCACAGUGCAAGAAUCCAGCACUUCUUAGAUGCAACACACCUGUCCGUCUUGAAGACUCCGUCAGUAUGCAUUCUGGAACUGUGAAGAUGUACAUAAACAGUACAUGGUCGAAUGUGUGUUUUGACGAUAACCAAAAUAAAGAACAUGCAAAAAUAUUCUGUAAAAUGCUGGGAUACAAUUAUGGACAAGCACAAGCCAGCAACGUGACCACAAACAAAAACUCCAGUCUUCAACUCACUUGCAGCGGUGACGAAGAUGAUGUUGCGAAAUGUGGACGGAUUGCAGAUGAAGCUUGUGACUCAGUUCUCGUUAUUUCUUGCGCAUCUCUGAUGGAACUACAUAAUGGAAGGACCAAGUACAUGGGACAACUGAGAGUGCGAGUUGGAGAUUACAUAACAAAUGUAGGAUCAAUACAAAACGAAAAAACUGUUGGGACUUUAUGCAGACUUCUAGGAUUUAACUUAACAAGAAAUUAUCAACUGCCUUCGGUUGAGUUCCUUCGUCAGAAAAUUGCAAACUCAGAGAAAAAAAUUAGCACAUUAAGCUGUGGUGGCAAUGAAACUGAUAUUGUAGAAUGCUUGAAUAGCACAGUGAAUUUCACGUCAUCAACACAAGAUAUCGGGAUCAAUUGUCAAACAUCAAUUCGACUAAAUAACGGGCAAAGUUACUUGGCUGGCAAACUCGAAAUAAGCAUUAACAAAACAUGGGUGCCAGUUUGUUCAUACGGAUUCCAAUUAAAUGACGCAUACGUAGUAUGUCGAAUGCUCGGACAUGUACAUGCAAGGAAUGGAACUUAUACACUGGAACCAUACAACGGUACGUCAAUCUAUGGCGGCUUAUCAUGCGAUGGAGGAGAAGACGAUGUUUCACAAUGUGCUGGGUACAAGGAGCAGAACGUAUCAACAUGCGAUUAUGGCUAUGUGAUAAACAUUAACUGCCAGACUAUGGUUCGACUUUCGGAUGGACCCUCAGCAACUAAAGGUCGGGUGGAAGUGUUCUACAAUGGAACGUGGGGGCCCGUCUGUGGAUAUCCAAUUGACAGAAAGGAGGCGAAUAUUAUAUGUCGAUCUGCAGGAUAUAAAUACGCGUAUGGUCUUCAAAAUACCGGAAUGACACUCAGAAACAAAACAUUUAGCAACUUCAUGAUAUCUGGCCUUUCCUGUAUUGGAAAUGAAUUGUCCAUCACAGAAUGCAAUUCGCAACCAUGGUUGAAUAGCUCAUGCAGUUAUUCAGUACCACUGGAACUGGAAUGCAAGACAUACGUAUCCCUUCAAUAUGGUGUUAGCAAAUACUAUGGACGGGUUGAAUUGAGAUUACAAGAGAUGUAUCAAGGCACAUAUGGUUCCUUGUGUGGAUCUGGCUUUAGUUCGAAUGACGCAGACGUUAUUUGUAAAAUUGUUGGGGCUCCAACUUACGGAAAUGCGACUGUAUAUACAAAUAACGUAUUUGGAAGCCCCUCCUACAACUUUGUUAUCGAACAACUGAACUGUUCUGGCAAAGAAAACGAUCUCCAAGAAUGUCAGUCCAAGCCUUGGUCAGGAACGUCGCAUAUGUGCAACUCCAGUAACACGGCUGUGGCGAUUAACUGCAGACCCAAUACACCGACGCGGCUACAAGGAAUUGAUCCCUCGAAUGGAGUGGUUGAAGUAUUUUUUGAUGCUGCAUGGUAUACCAUGUGUGGCUACAAUUUUGACUUUAAGGAAGCCGCUGUAGUUUGCAACAAACUGGGAUAUAAAAUAGGGAAGCCUGACCCUAAGUAUGAUUAUAGCUAUGCACUUGUGCGUGGCAUGAGCUGCAAUGGCGAUGAAAAAGACAUUUCCCAGUGCCAGUUCUCAUCGCAGUGGUCCACAGGAUAUUGCCCCGACGCAUCUUCUCAAUUUUCCCAAAAAGCAGGAGUUACUUGUAGCGACAACCGUGUUAGGCUUGUCAGCAACGUUAACAAUUACCAGGGUAGAGUUGAGUUCCAGUAUUUUGGAGUUUGGGGAACUGUCUGUAAUGCAAACUUUAGUCAAAACGAUGCACGUGUCAUAUGCAAACUGGCUGGGUAUGAAACUUUGAGUUACAUCACAAUACAUACAAAUGUAAGCAAGUACGGACAAGGGUCAGGUAACCUUAUUGUUGAGGACUUGAAGUGCAACGGAACAGAGACGGACAUUGAUGAAUGUGCCUCGUACCCAUGGAAGGAAAAUUCUGCAAAACAACCAUGUAACUCGCAUUACUAUGAUGUCGGCGUUAAUUGUAGACCUGUAACACCAAUGCGCUUUGUGGGUGGAAGUAACUAUUCUGGGAGAGUUGAAAUCGAGUACAAAGGAGUGUGGGGCACGAUCUGCGACAACUACUUCGAUGAAAACGACGCUAAAGUGAUAUGCAGAAUGAAAGGACUCAAUACAAAGAGCUUAGCGAUACGAACGAACGGCUUUUACGGGAUUGGGAAUGGUAGUAUUUUGUUAUCAAGCCUUAACUGCCGUGGCGACGAGCCUGACAUCUCCGAGUGUAGUAUUGGUUACCAAUGGGGCAGUAAUUAUUUCUAUUGUACCCAUAACAACGAGGUAGCGGUGCAGUGUAACACACCUGUUCGAGUUCGGGAAGGCCUGACAUUCUAUUCAGGUAUAGUUGAGGUUUAUAUUAACAGCGGUUGGAAGCGUGUAUGCAAAGACAAUUUCACAAUGGACGAUGCGAUUGCGAUUUGUAAUCAGGCAGGAAAGAGAGACAACUACCAUGGAAAUGUCUCAAUUCACAAUCAAGAUUUCGCAAAUAUUACUGCUGAACAUACGACUCUUGGUGGCUUCGGUUGUCUUGGCGACGAAGCUGAUUUAUACGAAUGUGGAUCCGGACAGUGGGUUGAGUCAGCACAUUAUUGUCCUAGUGGAGAAAACGUAGCGCUUAAUUGCCGUGCUCAAACUCCUGUAAGAUUAAUGGAUGGCCUGCAUGAGGCAGGAGGCAGUGGACUACAUAAGCCUGUACAAGGAAGGGUAGAAAUCCAGUAUAGGAGGUUUGACCAGAGUUUACAAAAGUACCGUGAUGAUCAUUGGGGCACAAUUUGUGAUGAUCAGUUUGGAGAUGAAGAUGCCUUGGUGUUGUGCUCUAUGAUGGGAUACUCUGUUGGUAAGGUAUACCGACCCGAGGCAGAAUAUCCCAUGUUUGGCAAUGAGACAAUUAUACUGGACGACCUGCAAUGUCUCGGAGUUGAAGGAGAUGUGUCCGAGUGUAAAGCACGAGAGUGGGGCACCCAUGACUGCGUACACGACGAAGACGUAGCCAUUUAUUGUAACUACCAAGACAACAUUGAUCCCUGCGACAAAGAGAACUACAAGAGACUCCCUAGCCUGGAAAUGAGACUGGUCAAUUUCAAAACAAAGUCAAAUCCCAUUAAUGACAACAAACUUUCCUUGGGCUGGUACAAUGUUGGCAACAACACUUUGCCAGAUCAAGCACCUCCGAUGAACAGAUGUGCUACAAUUUUCCCGGUGUAUAGCAACGAUCCCAACGCGGUACCCAAACUAGAAGAUAAAAUCAAGUCUUUCAAGGCAGAACAGUCGGGAAAUUCCAGCAUAACAUAUGACUUACAAGCAAAGAACUGCGGAGGUUAUUAUGUAUAUCGACUAGGUCCAACCGUAACAAAAGACAGUGCCUAUUGUUUUGGUAUUGGCUCGGAAAUUCCUCCUCCGUCGUUUGUUGCGAACGAGGUUGGUGUUGUUAAAGACAACAAUAAAACAUCAAUCUGGUUUAAAUGCAAGUUUGACCCGGACCAAUCCGAAAAUCUCUACUACCAAGUAGAGUGGCACAUCAUAGGAAAUUCAGAGCACGUAGUCACAAAACAAUACUGCAACAAGACCGACUUGUCACCGUGUUAUCUGACGCACAAGGAUCUAGAAGAUAUGAAUAUCGGCAUGGGUACAAAUAUUUCAUGCGCUGUUCGUGCAUUCAACGAACCCAACAGUCAGCCGGGCCAGUUAUCGUUGAUGUCGGACCCAUUUUUUCUGGGUAUCACAGUGCUAACCCCUCGCAUUUCCUUGCGUCGAGGAGAGUAUAAGUCUGUGGAGAUGAAAUUAACAGUUCCGAUAGUGUGCGAUAAUGUGAGACCUUCCAACAACAUCGCAUGUGGGGUCAAUAUUGACUACUUCACACCAGAUUAUGGAACUUGCCCCAAUGCUGAAGGCAACUUCCCAGGCGGAUGUUCAGUGGCACUUAACGAAACGUCAUUUGACAGGACGAUAACUGUGAGCGUCAGUGCUGCGGAAACAGGACAGUACGGCGUUGCCGGGAAGUUCACUCUGUUCUUACAAAUACCCAGAACUAGAGGAGUCGCCCUCUUUUCAGUCCCUUACAAACUGCCUGAAAUAGAGGUUGAAGUACUUCCAGAAAUGGAUCGACAAUGGCGUGGAAAACUAUGUACAGCCCGAAAUGAUCCACACAUGUAUACAUUUGAUGGCAGGUCGUAUGAACAUCACGCUGAAGAAGGAGACUACAUCUUGUACAAGCACUCUGUGUAUGGAAAUGUCGAGGUCCAGCAUAGAAUAGCAAAUUGCACGGAUGGCCAAAGUCGAGCGAAAUGUAACUGUGGCGUGGCAGUAAGGGCUGGACGUGACGUCUACGUCAUCAACGUGUGUAAUGGAUACUUCGACAUUGGCUACAGGCAGUGCUGGGAUAAGGCGUUAACAGUGAAAAAAGAAAACGACUAUACAUACACGAUCUAUUUGCCAUACGGCACUGCAGUCAGGGCGCGGAUAGACAGCGCACCGUUUAUGGGUGCGCAAGGAGGCAGAGUUUUGGACAUUUCCGUAAAUCCGUCUAUUCAAGAUAGCAGUGGGAAUAGUACAGGGUUAUGUGGAUCCCUUAAUGGUAAUUCGGCGGAUGAUUUUGACAAUGAAACGCAAUUUAUAAACGAAUGGAAAGUGCAAAGAAAUGCAUCCUUGUUCACCAACGAUUCGUAUCAUAAAGAUCUUGAGCCUUGGGUUUUUCCAACGUGCACAUGCAAGAAAGCGACCGGAGGAAACGGCGCAUAUUCGUGUGACAGGAGUAUCGCAGGAUGUACCCGAGGGACGAUUGCUGGUUACCAUAGUUGCGGUGAGCUGAUAGAAAGUCGUCCAGUGAGAUCCACGACAAAACAAUCAAGAAAACCAGUGAUAAAGAUACCAGUCUUGCACCAGCGAUUCCAUGUCCGAAAUCGUCGAAGCGCAGACGUAGGGACGGACGAUAUGGCUCGAAGUCUUUGUGAGCAGCAAUUCAAAGCAAUACAGGACAUGUGUAAUAAAAUUCCAGACACACACACGAACGUGUCUUUGGAAAAUUGCGUGCUGGAUAUAAAGAUAACCAAUUCAUCAGACUGGUUAGCGAUGUCAAAGCAAUCCAUGUUGCAAACUUGUCAAAAUGAGAUCCAGCGUAAUAGUACUGUUAUUAAAGACUUAAUUGAAAGAGCGGAGAACAAAAACACAACAAGCACAGGGGCAGAAAAAACACAUAUAACAACUGUCGCUCCACCGACGCUCGCAGAAUUGAACAUUUUGAAAGAAAUUUUAAAAACCUCUGAAACCAUUGAAGAACGAUUUUGCAUGAAUAAUUGCAGUGGAAGUGGUAGUUGCGUCAACGGAACGUGUCAAUGUAGCUCGGGUUUCGGCGCGGUCGAUUGUUCCAUUGAUCUUAAAAAACCACCAAUUAUAUCUGGGAUAUUAGAUCAUGGGCUUUGUGACCAGAGCAAGACGGACUGUUCUAAGAUUGUUGUCUUUGGUGGAGAAUUUACAUCGUCUAACUUGACUUGCCGAUUGAACACAUUUUAUUUUGACAUACACGGGACACCUCACAAUGAAAGUAGACAUGAAGUUCCUGGGCACGCUGAAACAAUUGUGGAGACAAUAUGUCCUCUCCAUGGAUUACGGCAACGUAGAUCCAUUGACAAUAGGUUUGUUGUCGGAUUCCAUGUAUCCGUAAGUAACGACGGUGAAAACUACGAUGACGACAAACAAGGAUUAGCCUACAUCUAUAACUCGCAAUGCCAGACGUUUGGUUAUGCAAAAGAUACAGAAUGGAUAUACACGUUUUCACUGAAGGAUGGGUUCUGCUUUAUCGAAGGCCAGUGCUAUUAUAACGGCACUUUUCACAUUUCACAAAAGAUGAUAUGCGAUCCUCUCGCAAACCAAACAUCAUGGACAACGUAUACACCUGAUUGCAAACAGGAUGAAUUUUGCAAGACGAAACGUAAUUCUGUCUGCGAAAUUAUGAACAACACAGUACAUUGUUCAUGUGCUCGCGGCUACAAACAAAAUGAAUCCGAUUCUAGCAACUGUGCAGAAAUUUCAGAGACAAAUACUGUUCCGGAUGAAGUUUAUGAUGGCAGACACAGUCAUGUUGUUGUUGAAGUAAAGUUGGACUACAUUUUACCGCAAGGUUUUACAUUGAAUUCAUCAAGUACCUACGAACGAUACGAACUUGAACUUAGUAGCAAGCUUACAGAAUACUAUAAAGACCUUCUUGGAGAACAGUUUUACAAAGUGGUUAUUAAAGAAAUAAAAAUCGGAAGUUUAAUCGUCGAACAUUGCGUGGUUUACGUACAAAAUGAGCAUAAUACUGUCAAUGUUUAUGACGCGUUGACUCGUCAUUCGGACAGGCCGCUGGUGAUCUUUGAUCAGACAGUACACGUGUUGAAUGUAUCAAUUGUUAACAACGAAGGAUGUACAUCGCCUAUUACGUGUAGCAAGAAGAAGAACUCUCUCUGCGAAGUCUGGGAAGGUGAAACGCGGUGUUCGUGCAUUCGAGGUUACAUCGAAAGUGAAACUAUCCCAAACACAUGUGUCGAAAAUACCCAUGCAAUCAUUGUGCCGGACGAAAACGCUUUGUCUGAUGACGCCCAUGGAGUCUUGCAAGUGGAAAUAAAGUUGGGCUACUCAUUACCUCUGCACAAAUCCUUAAAUACGUCCGACACUUACGAUCAGUAUGUAAAAGAACUUAACACAUCGUUGACCGAGUUCUACAAAGACGAAAUAGGGCAUUGGCUUUCAAAAGUAGUAAUUCGAGAUAUAAGAACAGGAAGUCUAUACGUGGACCACUUUGUUGUAUAUCAAAAGCGAGAACAAAUUUUGAGCGAUGUGACACAUGCGGUGGUGAAAUUGGCCGAAAACGGCCUUGUAAUUUUUCGUAAAACAUACAACGUCACCAAUGCUUUCAUCGGUAAAGAUAAAGUUCCCUUACACGACAAUUCGGAAGAGAAGAAGUCUGCAAAAUGCCGUGUAUAUACUAGUAUCCAUCCAUGUAACGAUGACGAACAAUGUGAGGUUGACGAUACGGUAGUUCGUUGUGUUAAAAAGAAAAUUACACAGGAUGCCGACUCGAAAAUGCUCUUAAUAGUUUCGGCCGCGGUUGGUGGUGUUUUGUUCCUGAUCAUUGUCGUGCUCGUGGUCAUUGUGUGCAAAAAGAAAGCCAAGCAGCCACUGGAGAUGGACCAUCUUGAACCGAAGGUGCAUGACAACACGUACCAAGACAUCUCCGCACGGGAAAUGUCCGUGUUCAAGGAUGACAAGUCAGAUGUGUACAAGAUCCCUCGCGCCAAAUUGUCUGGGUCCCAGGCUGCCUUUCAACAGAGUCUAGCUGCAGACGUCAGGCCAAGCUCUCUGUAUGAGAGAAAUCGCCGUGAGACAGAGGCCGAUAGAAACCGAUAUGAUGGGCUACCACAACGAGGUCAAAGUUACUACAAUACUGGCAUGCAGUUGUAACACGUGGAUGUUAUUUGUGUUUGUGGCUUGAAUGCCUUAACAAUAAUGUAGUUUAACAUUAAAUGUGUAUCUAAGAAAUAUUAUUGUUUUCCCUAAUUUUGUUGAAUGCAAAAGCGAACAUGUUUAAUUUCUGUUUUUGAACGUGCAUAUAAUCAGACUUUGAUUUUUUUAUGUAUGAAAUAGUCAUUACCUAUACACAUGUUUUAUCAUUGUUUGAGUAAUAAAUGAAGUUGUCAAUUAUGUUUUGUAAAUAAAUUUCUUCAUGAUUGCAUUUAAAUUAUGUUGUAUAUAGGCAAACAAGAUAUAUUUUUGGACUGUAUAGACAUUUCCAACAAAACUUAUCAACUUUAUCAAAACUUAUUCGGACAUAAUCUUUCUGCGGCGUUUUAAAGCGGACAUAAAGGUUUUAAACGUUAUAUCCAUCAAAUCAUUCUUAAUGACACAUAUUCUUCAUAAUUGUCGAAUAUCAUUUUAUUAAUAUGCGUCAAAAAUAAAUGUAUUUUCUCC